AUGGCGACUAAAACUGCCGUACAGACUUCACAAGUCGGUCGUAUGAAAUUCGACCCUUCUUCGUUCUUGCUCGUUCGCGUAGGCUGUGAUGCCUUUCAACAAGACUUCCUGCUCCAUGGAGGCAUUCUUUGUGCACGUUCAGAGUUCUUCCGCCGCGCUCUAAAUGGCAACUGGAAUGAAAAGAAGGAACGACUUGUCAAGCUACCCGAGGACGAUUCCCAGACUUUCGCAUUCUACGUCAGCUUCAUCUACACCAAUGUGGUAUCCGACACUACAGCCCUUCAAACUAUGACACCGGACGGGUUCCAAGCACACAUCCUAGCUGUUGUCAAACUCUAUGUCCUAGCCGAAAAGCUGCAAGAUAGGCAAGCCAAGAACGAGGCCUUGCGGACCGUGCUCAGCGACACUGCAGAGCGAUCGUUCGCCGACAGUCUACCUAAUGCCGAAAUUGUUCAGUUCAUGUACAACAACACCCUACAAGGUAGCCUUGGACGACGUCUCAUGGUCGAUCUCUGGAAUGACGUACACGCGACGAGCAUUAUUAAGCAACGUGAGGGCAUCUGCAAGGAGUUCUUUGUUGAUCUCGCCCAUGCACUCCUUGGUGAGCGUCCUUCGCGAAAGCGGAACGGGGCUCUGUUCUAUGGAGCCGAGGAAUAUUGCGAGGAGCCGUGA